AUGGCGCUUUCAAAUUUUGGUAGUAUCGACUAUCCAUUUCUCGUAGGUGGACUUUUAUUGGUUGGUUUCAUUUACACAAUCUACCGAUCAAUACUACCUCGUCCCCUAGAAGGAAUCCCGUACAACGUCGCAGCCACGAAGCGAAUCUUUGGCGAUCUGCCCGAAGUCCGUGCCUAUGGUAGCUUGACCGAUUGGCUCGCGACGCAAGCUGUCAAACAUCAAUCACCGAUUUUCCAAGCCUUUAUUCGUCCCAUAAGCAAACCCUGGGUGGUUGUCACUGACUACUAUGAGGCAUCUGAGAUUUGCACUCGUCGUUUCAAAGAGUUUGAUAGAGGUAGUGCGAGCACGUCUAUUUUCAAGGGCGUUGUUCCUGGUUCACAGAUUACGCUUCAGAGUCAUAAUCCGCAGUUUAAGAAAAACAAGGAACUUGUCAGGAAUUUGAUGACGCCGACGUUUUUGUCUGAGGUAUCAGCGCCAGAAAUCUACGACAAGUUCUCACGGCUUGUUGAGUUGUGGAAUUUGAAACUUGAACUUGCAGAUGGAAAGUUCUUCGCUGCUUCAAGAGACAUACACCAUGCCGCCCUGGACAUCAUUGUCUGUGCCUCUUUCGGGAUAGACACUCAAGACACACAACUGGUGAAAGAAAAAGAUCAACUCAGCAUAGAGCCUCGAAGUGAGAAUGAUGGCGAAAUCUCAUUCAAAGAGGUGCCACUGCGUGAGGAGCUAGGUGCUUUGACUAUCUUAUCCGAAAGUGUAGCAAAGGUUGUCAGGACACCCUCCCCUCCAUUCUUUCACUUUCUAUAUCGCAACCUGUCAUCAACGAUGCGCAAUGCCAUCGCCUUGACUAUAAAGUUGCAGCGCCGCGAGAUUGCAAACGGUAUCAAACGACGACAGAACGGGGAAGCGAUGAAGUGCGCGUUGGAUGAGAUAUCGGUCAGAGAAGAAGCCACGGCAAAGAAAGAGGGGAGAGAACCUGACUACCAUUCUCAGACUAUCGCCAGCGAGCUCAUGUCAUAUUUGAUCGGCGGCCAUGAAACUACAUCUUCCACCAUACGAUGGGGCAUAAGCUAUCUCAGCAGAGACCAAAGAGCACAAUCCGAAUUACGAAAAGGUCUUCAAGAAGCUUAUCAGCAAGCCAAAGCCGAAAAACGCCCUCCCACUCUCACAGAGAUCAUACAAACGCGUGUGCCAUAUCUCGAUGCUGUCAUCGAUGAAACACUUCGAGUAUCGUACACUUUCGGCAUGACCCUACGAGAAGCUGUAGUCGACACACAAUUGCUCGGCGCCCACAUCCCAAAAGGAACAGCCAUCGCCUUUCUCUCCAACGGUCCAGGUGUACUUUCACCACCAAUCCAAUACGAUGAGUCGCGCAGUAGUGAAUGGGUCCGGGCGCGAAAGCCAAAGCAGCCUGCUGAUCAAGAAUACGCCUUUCCUGACUUUGUCCCCGAGAGAUGGCUCAAGUCGGUAGUAAAUGAAGCUGGCAAAGAGGAAGUUGUGUUUGAUUCUCAAGCCGUCCCUAUUCAGGCAUUUGGGCAGGGCCCUCGCGGGUGCUUUGGUAAGAGAUUGGCGUAUCUCGAGAUGAAGAUCUUUUUCACUCUCAUUAUUUGGACAUUUGAGCUUUUGCCGUUGCCUGCGCAUGUGGCUACUCCCAAGGAAGUUUCAUCUCUGACCAGGUACCCGGAUCGAGUCUUUAUCAAGCCGCGCCGGGUAGUACUGUAG